AAACGCGUUUCUGUCGAGGCUCAGAACAGCAGCCUUCCCACCCCGCCCCCUGUCUCGGAAGAAUCUGGGGCGUCCCCUCCUCGGGACGAGAGGGAGGUCGUUGGAGAGUCUGCGCCGAGACCACCGGGCAGGUUCUUCCCCCGACGGGGACCCCGAGCCCGCGGGCGCCCGGCCCCCCAGGUGAGGCGGCGUGCACACAGGCGGCUCCACUCGGCAUGAUGUCCCAUAUACUUUUGGGGAGCAUAUGGAGACGAGGGAGAAUGUGUCUUCCAACUCUGGAGGGAAGGAGACUCAGUCUGCAAGAUGCCAAGUUCUAGCAGUGUCUCUGAACUGGGCAGAGCACUGCCUUGUUCGAUGUGGCAUGGAUGAGGGGGUGGCAGAGGAUGCUCUGCACAUCUGAAGCCUCGGGAGGAUUCUGCCCAGGCAGCUGAGCUCCUCUUGGAUCGGGGACUUCAGGUGCCACUGGUUGCAGAACUCAGGGAAGGUGCUUGGGCCGCUCCAGCUUUCUUCACCAGUGCAUGUCAGACUGGUUUGCAUCUCAGAGCCUCCGGGGAGCUAGUAGAAAAGAGAGCUGGCAGCAAUAGGAAGAUACCCUUGGAAACCUUCAGAAUUUAUUGGAUCCCUUCAUUCUGCUCGGGAACACAGAGCCACCAACGAGCUGUGAGGCCUGUGUUACAGCUGAGCUUCGGGCCAUCAGAAGUCAGCUCAGCACAGCUUCACAUUGCAGCCAAAGGAGAGCGUUUGAAGAGCAGAAGAACAGGGGAGAGUUUCAGCUUCUUUACUCUCUUGUCUGUUAUCUAGGAAACUUGAUGUUCACAUGGCAGAGACUGACUUUUCCUUGGGAGGUAAUCUAUUGGGAAGCAGCAUGGGCCCUUCUGAGUGUCAGGGAGGGCUCAGGAUACGUAGGAGCUGGUAGCCCGGCCUUCUGGAGCAGGUCCAAGAAACAGCCUGAGCCCCCAGCUUCUGCAGCCCCACCUGGCAUGGACAAAGGCUGCCGUGUCCCCAGAGAGUUGGUGACAGAGACGCCGGCAGCAGUGACAGCAUCCUUCCCACUUGAGGUGCGACAGAAUGAGGAGUGCUUGGGACGCCACCAGCAGGGACUCGGCCUCUCCCAACUGCCCCUCGGUCACCCGGGCAGCCCCUGAGCACUGAGCCCACGAUGGCCGAGAAGGGCAACUGCAUUGCCAGUGUCUAUGGGUAUGACCUGGGGGGCCGCUUCGUCGACUUCCGACCCCUGGGCUUUGGGGUCAACGGGCUGGUGCUGUCCGCCGUGGACAGCAGGGCCUGCCGCAAGGUGGCAGUGAAGAAGCUGGCCCUGGGCGAUGCCCGCAGCAUGAAGCACGCGCUCCGGGAGAUCAAGAUCAUCCGGCGCCUGGACCAUGACAACAUCGUCAAGGUGUACGAGGUGCUGGGCCCCCAGGGCGCCGACCUGCAGGGCGAGCUGUUCAAGUUCAGCGUGGCCUACAUCAUCCAGGAGCAUAUGGAGACCGACCUGGCGCGCCUGCUGGAGCAGGGCACACUGACCGAGGAGCACGCCAAGCUGUUCAUGUACCAGCUGCUCCGCGGGCUCAAGUACAUCCACUCGGCCAACGUGCUGCACCGUGACCUGAAGCCAUCCAACAUCUUCAUCAGCACCGAGGACCUGGUGCUCAAGAUCGGCGACUUCGGCUUGGCCAGGAUCGUGGACCAGCACUAUUCUCACAAGGGGUAUCUGUCUGAGGGGUUGGUCACCAAGUGGUACCGUUCACCACGCCUGCUCCUGUCCCCUAACAACUACACCAAAGCCAUUGACAUGUGGGCGGCUGGCUGCAUCCUGGCAGAGAUGCUCACGGGGAGGAUGCUCUUUGCAGGGGCUCACGAGCUGGAGCAGAUGCAGCUCAUCCUGGAGACCAUCCCUGUUAUCCGAGAGGAGGACAAGGACGAGCUGCUCAGGGUCAUGCCCUCCUUUGUCAGCCACACCUGGGAGGUGAAGCGGCCACUGCGCAAGCUGCUCCCUGAGGUGAACAGUGACGCCAUCGACUUUCUGGAGAAGAUCCUGACCUUUAACCCCAUGGAUCGGCUCACAGCUGAGAUGGGGCUGCAGCACCCCUACAUGAGCCCCUACUCAUGCCCCGAGGACGAGCCCACCUCGCAGCACCCCUUCCGCAUCGAGGACGAGAUGGACGACAUCCUGCUGAUGGCCGCCAGCCAGAGCCAGCUCUCUGCCUGGGACAGGUACCCCGUGAGCCUGUCGUCGGACCUGGAGUGGCGGCCAGACCGGUGCCAGGACGCCAGCGAGGUGCAGCGCGACCCGCGCGCCGGCUCGGGGCCGCUGGCGGAGGACGUGCAGGUGGACCCGCGCAAGGACUCGCACAGCAGCUCCGAGCGCUUCCUGGAGCAGUCGCACUCGUCCAUGGAGCGCGCCUUCGAGGCCGACUACGGGCGCUCCUGCGACUACAAGGUGGGGUCGCCGUCCUACCUGGACAAACUGCUGUGGCGCGACAGCAAGCCUCACCACUACUCGGAGCCCAAGCUCAUCCUCGACCUGUCGCACUGGAAGCAGGCGGCCGGCGCGCCCCCCUCGACGGCGGGGGCGGGCGGCGAGCCCGGGGCGCGCGGGGAGGAGCCCGCCAGCCUCUUCCUGGAGAUCGCGCAGUGGGUCAAGAGCACCCAGGGCGGGGCCGAGCGCGCCAGCCCGCCCCCCGCCGACCCCGAGCGCCCCCUGGCGGCCUCCCCGCCCGCCCGCCGGGCCCCCCUCGACGGCGGCGGCGCCAGUCCCCAGUUCGACCUGGACGUGUUCAUCUCGCGCGCCCUGAAGCUGUGCACCAAGCCCGAGGACCUGCCGGACAGUAAACUGGGCGACCUCAACGGCGCCUGCCUCGCCGAGCACCCGGGCGACCUGGUGCAGACUGAGGCCUUCUCCAAAGAGAGGUGGUGAGGGCAGAGGAAGGCACUCCAGGGAGCCCGCGCCCACGAAAAACCAGGCCUGACGCCAUGGGGCCGCCUUGCUGGCAACCUCCGCCGUCCCUCCUGUCCCCUCUCUGCUGCCUUGGGGUCAGCAGAACACAGCCAGGAUCCCAGGAGCGAGAGGAAUGUCCGUUUUCUUAAACUGCCUUAAUAACUUAGCCUUUAAGCUCUGGGAGUGAGUUUGCGUUGUAGCCUAGUUGGGGCGUGAGAGAGGAGGAGGCAGUUGAAGUGAAGGGGGAGGAUCUUUCCUCUGGGCUAAAACUAGAGUCGGCAGGCCCUCCCUGGGUGGCCAGGUGCGGAGGAAGCUUGCAGGCUUAGUGUUGAAACCUCUCAUCCAACUGGCCUUGGGUGACCGAUGAGGAAGGACAGUGAGGUUUAGAAAGACCAAAAGAGACCCUGAAGGUCAGGGUUGGGACGAGCCUUGCAUCCCAGUUUCCUGGGUCACCACACAUUAUCUUCCUCUGCUGGGGUGGUUCUGGUAGUCACUCGGAAAACUGAGUCCAAGAUGUGUCUUCCCUGCCCAUCACCUGCAGACCGGCACCAUGCUCUUUCACUCUGAGCAGUGUUCCUUCUAUCUCCAAAUUGGAAACUGGGCCAGUUUCUCUCCCUGAGUCACCAAGCAUAUCAUUUCUGACUUCUCAAGUAGUUAAACACUGUCGCUGGCCGCGCCUUGCAUUGGCCCUGCACCUCUGAAACCCUGGUAGAGCUGACCAGCUGGAGUCUGUGGGCGAGCAGCUCCAGAAGCUCCUUCUCCCAGGCCUUGCACCACCUCCUCCAGAGCUUCCUUCCUAUGCACUUUGCCGCCCUUCAGUGACUCAGAGACACAGCCCUAGUUGCCCUGGGGACACCUGUCCAUUCUGGUGAGUGUGAAGACAGCAGUUCCAAGAAUCUCACCACCCUUAUACACUCCUCUGCAAGCCACCCAGGGAAGAGUGCUUAGGAGAGGUGCUUUCCCACUUGCCUGUCACCUAUUAACCCUGACCUUGACACUGAGCCUCCACCUAGCCCUAGCUCUAAAGAAGCACACUGGGGAGCAUGACCUCGGGGCCCAGGGCUACAGAAAGAUAGGAAGGUUUAAAUGGUAGAGUGGCAACUGCGAACAAAGGUCCUCAGGUGAGCCAGGCACCAGCAAAGGGGCACCACAAGGAAAAAUUCAGAGCUACCACCCUGCCUCCCUCCCCAGUUGGAUGAGUUUGGAGAAUGCAAACCCAGAGGAGCACUGGCACAUGAACUAAGUAGCUGUGAGUCUGCACAGCAGGCUUUCUGCGGUAGCAGAAUCCUAUCUUCUGGAAUGUUCUGCCGUUUCUCCACUGCUGGCCAGCUCCCUCUGCCCUGCCCCCCAACUAAGAUACCGCGGGAAGUCUAGCCAAGCUGUUCAGCAGAGGGUUCCCCAGCUGGCCUUGGGCUGUGCUCCCCCUCACCUCAUCAGCACCUUAAGUACUCCAAUCUGCUAACUAGGGUUUAUACAUUGAAACCUGCAACAUAUUAGAAGCUUCUAUUUAAAGGCAAAGUUCACAUUGAUUUUUAAACGGGAACUUAUGUAAAUAUGAAGCAUCGACUUCCUUUUUUUUUUUUUUUUUUUUUUUGAAAGAUGAUGAUGUCUCCCCCCCUCUUGUGCCAUUUGUCCUCAGAGGAUGGUUUUGCUUUUUUCUCUUUGCUUUCUUUUUCUUGGUAAAGGAACAAGCUGACCCAGACCAGGAGUUCAUACAGAGUUGUCACUACAGAGGAAUUGUUACUACUACUCAUGCUUUGUUUUUCAAUCUGUUCAACUUGAUCAGGACAGGCCAAAUAAAAUCUUACUGGAACGUG